AUGCAAUACAAGUUGAAAGAUAUACAAAAUUUUUGGUAAAGCACAUUCUUAGUGUAACAAAAUUAGAACUGCAUUAAUGGAACAUUUUUUUUAAAUUAUUAUGAAAAAGAGAAAGAGAUAGUAGAAACAAAUAAAUAAAGUGCAGAUAAUUUAGGAUCAAUAAAUACUAAUUAAUUAACAAAAAAAAAAGAAGAAAGUUUUGAAAAAUUGGAAAAUAAAAUUUAGGAUGACUUUUUAGAUUCUUCUUUGUCAGAUUCUAGCUUAGAACCUAUUAAAUAUAGUUAUUUAGUAUAGUAUCUAAUUAGUCCUAAUGAAUAAUAUUUAGUAGUGAGUACAAAAUAGGUUGCUUUUUGGUAAGUUUCAGAUAAAAUAAUAAUAUUAGACCUUAAAAAUUAGAAACUUUAAUCAUUUACAUUUAAAACAGAUCAUAUUGGUGCUCCUCCUAUUAUAUUUUCUUAGGAUUACUUAAUAAUUGUUGAUGCAUUGUAUGCUGGAAAACCGUAAUUUAUUUUUUGGGAUUUAAUUAAUCAUUGGGGAAAAUAAUUUAUCAUAACCUAUAAUUAUCCAAUCAAUUAAUUGAUUUAUGAUCCAUAUAUAAAUUAAAUACUUAUUUUAACAAAAUAAAAUAAAAUAGUACGUCAAUAAUUUAAUAUAAUAAAUUAAAAUUAGGAGAUAUAAACUGUAUUGAAUUUUAAAGAUGGAUGGCCAAAGAAUUUAUUAGACUGCUAUCCUUUUUAAAAUUUUCAUUUUCUUAAUGAUUCAUUUGCUUUAUUAAUUAAUAUAAUUAAUUAAGUUUUUCUUAUAAAAUUUUAAAAUUAAGUAUAAGUAAUUAAAUAUUAUUAUUGGAAAUCUAUUUAAUCAGAAGUUGUUAAAAUACCUUAAAAUAAUAGUUUAGCUGUUAUUGGUAAUGAAUUUGAGGAAAUUCCACCAUAAUUGAUAGAUUUUAGAAGAGGUAAAUUAAUUAGAAAGGCACCAAAAUUAGGAACUAAUGGUUAUCUCUAUUCAUAUUAGGGAUCUUGCUUUCUAUCUAGUAUUUAUUAAACUUAUUUCAUUCAGGCAUUGAAGAGAAUAAAAAUUUAGAAAAAAAUUAAUCAAACGGAAUCAUAUUCGAUAUUUUAAGAGGAAAUAUAAAAUACAGAAAAUUGAUGGAUCAGAAAUAACUAGAAUAUACUAAAAUUAAAUUUACUCAUAAUCUAAUUGCUCAAUAUUGCAAUGAUAAAAUUAACUACAAUUUGAUCUAUUGA